AUGCGUACGCACCCGGUGUUUUAUGUUGGCUUGCUCAAGCCCUACCGGGACCCUGCUCGGGUGAGCCCUGAGACGCUAGCGCCGGGUCGGAUGAGGGCUGCAAAGCAGCGAGAGGUUGCGAAGCAGCAGGAGGCUGCGAGGCAGCAAGAUGCUGACGCCCAGCACCAGAGGUCGGGUACGCAGGAUACUGCGGGGCGGCAGGAAGCUGCAGAGCCAUUGGGGUUGAGCAACUUGACGCUCGAGGUCCGAGACCCGAUGUUGCAUCGCCUGGGGCGACUCGAGCCAACCAACGCGGCGCUCAACAUCCUCAAGAUCAUUCGCUAA